CAGCAAAAGAGAGAACGGCAUUCAAUGGUGCGCGUAAGCGACACAGCAAAGUGAGCUUGGCUGCGUGUGGAUAGGAUACACAGCUACAAUCCGACUCGGCACACACUCACAGGCGUUCGUUUCGGAGUACCUUCUCGCACGUUGAUUUCAGGUAUCCUGAAUAUUAACCGACCUCCUCAUCUUUUAAAUAACCUACAGGAUGUAUCAAAGAAGAAUGGGAUUACUUUUGGUGCUCUGCUUUGUGAAGCUGCUCUUUUUAAACACUGUUACAGGUUCUUACCCCAGAGCCACAAACGUCACUUGGUCAUCGAUCAAUUUUAAAACACUGCUAUCGUGGGGACCUAAACCUGACGGCUAUUCGUACACCGUUGAAUUUUCUGCUGUUGGCGAGAACAGAGACAGAAGCCCGCACUGUAUCCAGACGGCAGAGACUGAGUGUGAUCUGACGCAACAGCUCAAGGCCCUGAAGUCAACAUACAUAGCUAACGUCCUAUCGGAACCCCUGCGAGGAGUCACGUCGGACCUAGUCGAGUUCCCCUAUACGGCAUCCCAAAAGUUCUGUCCAUACACAGACACUAUCAUCGGAAAACCUGAUUUCAACUUCACCGUGAGCAAGGACACCAGGAAGAUCACCAUCCAUGUCAUUGACCCACUCACUGCCAUCUUUGACGGUCAGAGCCGGCGCCUGAGUAUUCGGGAUGUCUUUGGGGAUGAUCUGGAAUACAGCGUGACGUACCAGAGAGCGGGGAGCACCGGGAAGAAGCAGCAGACCACUAAGACGAAUGUCAUCGAGCUGACCCACCUGGACAAAGGGGAAAGCUACUGCCUUAGGGUGGAGGCAGUGAUCCCAUCUCGAGACUUUAACCAACAGAGGGGGGAGCUCAGCAAAACUAAGUGCACUCCGAACACCAAAAAGGGCAUCUUCGAUGAGUAUGGCAUCGGUGCGAUUGCCGGGGUCAUCUUCACCAUCCUGGCCAUCAUCAUCAUCGUCAUUGUGGUGACGGUGGUGUGCUGCAAACGCCAGCGGAAGGAGAAAUCUGGAGACCCGGGGGUGGUGUGAGGUCAGCGAGCGAGCGAGCGAGCGAGCGAGCUGGGUGUUGGUCCGCAUCUUUCUGGCGUGUGCGGAGUUUGCACAACUUGGCUGAACUGGCUCACCUCGAUCCCAAAGAGAGAGGAUGCACGGGGGCCAUCUUCAGUUCAACAUUCCACUGUAUAACACUGGAAUCUGCCCGGCUGGUUUCUAUGAAACUACAUAAAGUACAUGUGUGAGACAUAUGAUUUUGAAAAAUCUGAAUGCUGAAAGCACUGCGUUAAAAUAACUAGGUGUGGGAAAUGGUACUCUAGCUAUCUACUGUUGGGAUGACCUACUACUUAGUAAUGGACUGAUAUAAGCACUACUUUCUUAUUUCUAUAUUUAUAUUUUUUAGGCUUUGUUUUAACUGUCUAACCUUUUAUUUGGGACAUGCUGGGUGAAUUAUGGGAGCUGUGUACAGUACAUGCAAAUGUGACGUCUAGAUCUGAUUCCUCUAUUUUUAUAAAUAGUUUAUCGUGAUAUUUAUUUUUUUAGUAUUUGCAGAAUGUUACUUGUGUACAAAAUGCUUUAUGGGAAGAGAGGUAAAUGUUUAAUACCCUUACUGAAAUCAGCGGUGAGUACUGUUAGUGAAAAAAAUCUUCAGAAAUCUAUAGAUUAUUUUAUGUUCUUUGUGUAUGUCAAACGAAUGUGUAUUCAUGUUUUGAAAUGACUAUUAUUAUCGUAAGCGUGGGAAGCAUUCUGGUAAGCAUUCUUCAAAGUGACCAUACUACUGAAGUGUUCCUCUGGUACUAACUUUGUAUUUUUGUAGUUUUACUUUUGAUACUGAAAAUAAAGCGAAAUGAUUUGA